AUGAAAUUGUAUUAGCGUUCAUUAUUUUGGCAUCUUUUUAAUUAUUUAUAUAUUAUCGAUGUAAUUUCAUCAGAUUGUUUCUUAAUUAAUUAUGAAUUUAAUUCAAAACCUAUCUUGGAAAUUAUCUAAAAAAUCGAGAAGAUCAACAAUCCAAAAGAAGGAUUCAUUCCAAUAAUCGAUCAAACUUUUGGUUUAACCAAUGCAUCUCUUGAUUUAAUUGAUAAUAUUUAAGAAAUAAAGUGUUCAAGUAGAGUUUUCAAUUUAAAGCAAAUUUUGUAAGCCUUUGCAAUAUGUACAUCUGAAUAUGAAAGAGAGAUAGAAAAAGCUUCCUUAUUUGAUUGA